AAUUUCUCUUUAUUUUCUUUUUAUAUACCCCAUCAGUGUUUCAAUAAAAAUGAGAUAUAUGGAACAAUUAGAAGAAGAAUAUCCUGUAUAUCCUAUUACUGCUACUCGUAUCAUUGCUUGGGAUUCUCCUUCUAGUUGGAUCGAUACAACUCAACAUAGUGAUUCUUCUUCCUUGGACGCCAUUACAACAACAACAACAUUUCAACCAUUGACGUCCAAUAAUCUUUCAAUUUAUUCACAAUCUUCACCAGUGGAUUCAAAAACGGAAAUGCUUGCUCGGUAUUAUUCAUCUAUGAGGCAUAUGGAUGGAUCAAAAAUAGGCAACAACAGUAGAAACAACACAACAACAACAACAACAACAACGAAAAAUGUGGCCAUUGAUGCUCAUCCUUUACCUUUCCCGUAUCACAAUGAUAGUACUUUUUUACCUACGGUUGAAACUGGUCGAACUCGAUUUGAUAGUGAAAGUACUCAAUCAUUAUAUGACAGUCAACCUUCCAGUCCCACUCUUUCUGUCUUUUCUUCAUCUAAAAGACAUCUUUAUACCGCUACUCGUGGACAUCAUCAACAAUCACCAAGUUUGUCCCCAUCCAAUCAUCGCUAUCGACGUGGAAGUAAUGUUAGUCAUUAUUCAACUGCAACAGGUCGUCGAUCCAGUUUUCAGGCCACCCGACAACAACUUCAUUCUUUGCUCAACAAGGGACGAGUCAAUAAUGUGCAACGACGAUUAUCCUUUUUAUUACCUGGUAAAAAAGAACCAUCCUUACAACCUAAUUCUAUUAUUCGACAAUCAUCUACGGACAGUUGCAGUGAAAAAAACAACAAGAAUCAUCAUGCUUCCACCUCUGCUUCUACAACAGGACUUGAUGAUGAUUAUCAUCAACAAUCAACAAGGAAAGGUAUAUUAUCAUCUCAACCUACUUGUUCCUUGGAUAGGACGACAAUAACAACAACACCAUCACCUCGAACAACUUGUACAUUUACAACAGAAAGUAGUGAUACACCCACUGUGAUUUCUUCAUCUACUUUUCAUGACGCGUCUUUUUGGCAACCAUCCAUCUACAUGGCUUCUCCAUCCAGUGAAUAUCAACAACAACAGCGAUAUUCUUCUUCUCCUCAUCGAAAAGAUGGCUUAUUUUCUCGUUUUGCUAAAAAACUCUGGCCUUUCAAACAUGUUUAAAAUAGUUGAUCUUAUUCCCCCUUCCUUUCUUUAGUUUAUAUCCCAUCUAUAUAUAUUUUUUUUGUACACUUCUCUCUUUUUCUCUUUUAUAUAUCUAUUUAUCUAUAUAUAUACAAAUGUCAAUAAAUUGUUUUAUCUUAUGCAUCAA